AUGCAGCCUCCCGGCUGCAGCGGCCCUGGGGCUUUCUAUGGGCCCCCCUCUUUGGCUUACAUGCAGCCACAGGGCCCCUUCAGCGCACGACAGACGCAUGCAGCGAGACAGGAGCAGAGCGAACCGAGUGUACAGACAUGUGUGAGGGACUCUGUGCGGAUGCUGGGAGAGGCUGUGGCGGUGCUGGAGGGGGUCCGCCUCCUGGGGUCCCAGUUGCUGCAGUGGGGCGGAGAAAUAAAUCAAGUGCUGCAGUCGGUGAUCCCUGCAGCUCUCAUUCUGCAGAUAGGCAGGUGGAUGUACACCCGAACAAUAGGCGCAUCAAAGCGUCACACCAUCCAGCGCAUGCACAAAGCAUGGCGAGAGGCCAGCGAGGUAGACAGACUCAACUACAAAUUCCCAAUGCCUACCAGCAGCAGCAGCAGCAGCAGCAGCAGCAGCAGAAGCAGAAGCAGAAGCGCCAGCAGGUGGCUGUUGAUGCUGCGCGACUUCUCCGCGCUGCUGGCCCUCAUUGUUGUCGCGGCUGAGCUGUACAUACACUUCAGCGUGUACAGACGCCUGCUGGGGCGCCUGCGGGUGCUGACGGCCAAGAAGAGGGGCCUCGAGGCUGCCGGUGCAUGCAGCUGCAGCAGCUGCAGCAGCAGCAGCAGCAGCAGCAACGGCGACAGCGGCAGCAACUGCUGCAGCAAAUGCAUGCAAUGA